AUGGACUCCUCCAAUCAUUCCUCUGUCCUCUCUGCCUAUCUGGAACUUGAUUUCGCUGUCACCACUGCCUGCUAUGCAGUCAACCUCAUCCUGAGUCUACCCACCAAUGGCUAUGUCCUGUGGCUGAUACUGACCGGAGCCGGAGGGACGGUGGCCUCAGAGUUCUUCGCUCUCAACUUGGCUGUAUCUGAGAUUCUCUACUGCCUGUGUGCUGUCUUUGUCUUUGUCUACAUACACCUCCCUAUUCCCCCUAUCCUAGCUCUAAUUACAUUCUUUAGUGGUUUUAUGUUCCAUGGCCGCCCCCUGUUCCAGUGCUGUAUAUGUUUUGAGCGCUACCUGGCAGUGGUCCACCCUGUGGUCUUCCUGAAGUACAGAUCCCUGAGAUACAAGCCCCUGUUCCAGUGCUGUGUCUGUGUGGAGCGCUACCUGGCAGUGGUCCACCCUGUAAUCUACCUAAAUUCUCUGGGCUCUGAAACGCCCUGCAUCGGGGGGAAGCCCAAUUUGGCUUUCGCCACUCCCUGCUAUCUCAUCCUGAGUCUACCCACCAAUGGCUACAUCCUGUGA